AUGGCAUACACUCACACAACUGCAAAUUGGCAAGAUCCUACACAUUUCGAAGAAGCAAUUCAAGGAAUCAAAGAACAAGAACAAGCCUUGCAAUUUCAAACGUUUGAUUUUGAAUUUGCAAGAAAGAUUGGAGAAAACAUUCAAGAACAAAUGAAAGCUUUGCAUGAGAAUGGAAAAGGUCCAAAUAGUGCAACAGCACUGAUUAGCAUCAGAUUGUGGUCUGGCUUGACAUUAUUGCAAGACACAUACGGAAGUGGAGUGACUGUUUCCAAUGAAGAUUGGGCAAGACGGAAAGCCAAUACGGUGCGAACACAUGGAAAAUCUAGCUUCUUGGUCGGAAGAGAAUUGGUAAAGAAGGGACGUGAUAUCAAUUCAUUAGGAGCAGAAUAUGCUGCCCAUGGCGGAGCAUUUCCCAUCAAUCUCAAAGGAUUGAAUACAGGACCGAUUGGAGCAAUCAUUGUUUCCGGAUUAGAUCAAUGGCAAGACCAUCAUGUGAUCGUUGAAGCGCUCAGAAGUCUGAUAUGAUCAGAAGGGAACUGAGAAAUUGCAAGAUUAGUGAAAGAUGAACGAUUUCGAACGCUUUAUUCAAGAUACUUACUUUUGCUUCCAAAUCGAUAUCCUGCAACUCAUCUUCUGAAAGACUUCUUGCCGUUGUGGAAACAGGUAUAAGGACGCCUAACAAAACUAUUGAAAGGACGAUGAGUUGAUCGAAGACUGCCGCGUUAGAGUACAUAGGCAUCGCGAAGGUGGAAAAGCAUGAGCAAUGUCAAAGGUGGCGAGUGAAUGGUGUGGUGAAACGAAAUGUACCUCAAAUCUUUGGACAACUCCCCUCGUUUUCGUGCUUAGAUUUCAAGGAUGUCAUUGUCAGGGAGAUUGGGAGC